AUGAUCACUAUCUUUGGUGAUCCAGAGAUUGUCCACACCUUAGCAAGCAUCGAAGAAGGUGCGGAAGCUCCUACAGAUUUCCAGAUGGGAGGAUUUGAGAUUGGGGCAAUCAGCGAGGACAUCGACUGGAUCGACCUUGAAGUAGAACAGAUGAAACUGGAAGCUACUGAAGAAGAACUGAACAUCGGAGGACUUGCAGCCAAUCGGAGAGGAUAUAGAGCAGGAAUAUUGUUGAUAACACCAGAUGAUCUCUAUCUGCCAUCUGCAUUCUGGCUAGAUUUCCCUUGCACCAACAACAUUGUAGAGUAUGAAGCAUGUGCAAUUGGUCUCAAAGCCGCCAUGGCAGUAGAGAUCAAGAAGCUGAGACUUUAUGCGGAUUCGUCGAUCAUGAUUUAUCAAACUCUAGGGAAGUGGAAGAUAAAGGAUGAAAAACUGAAACCUUACCAAGAACAUUUGGAGAACCUGAUCAAAAGCUUCGAUGAAAUCACCUUCGAAUAUUUGCCGAGGGACAAUAAUAGAUUCACUGAUGCCCUAGCUACUUUGGCUUCAAUGGUUGAAUGCACUCUAGAUACUCAAGUCCGCCCAUUCUUGGUAGAUAGAAGGCAUGGACCAGCAUAUGAAGAGUCAGUAAAUGUUCUGACAACUGAUGGGAGGUCAUGGUCUGCACCCAUCAUUGACUUCAUUAGAGAAAGGAAAUAUCCUCUGAAUUCCACAGUCGAUGAACAGAAGAGGUUGUGA